UAUCUCUUUCUCUCUGCCUCUCUUCCUCUCCAUCACUGAAACCAGAGAGAUUCAGAGAACGAAGAAGGCGAAGACGAAGGAAGAGGAGUCAAGUCCCUCCCUCUCUCUCUCUCUCUCUCUCUCUAUAUAUAUAUAUAUAUAUAUAUGUUAUAAGAUUGUAAUAUAUAUGCUUAUAUGGUCAUAUAGUAGAGAUAUAUGUAUAGUACAGAGAAAAACGCGAAUCUUGAUUGAUUGCUAGAGGAAUCACCUGAAGGGCCUGAACUCCGAAGAAUUUUAUUCAAUCUCUAGGUUUGAUCAGAAAACCCACUAAACUGAAGGAAUAUAAUCACCGAUUAAGUGAGAGGAAAGUAAUUUCCGGCUGCAAAAAUGGCGGAUUUGAAGGGGAACAAGAACAGACUGGCCAUCAACCUUUCCCUCUUCACCGCCACCGAUCACAACGGCUGGGCGAAAUCAACGGCCAAGUCGCCGAGGAGCUUCCAACCGAACGCCGAUGGCGUCGUUGGGCUCGGAAUUGUGGCCGCCAUGAACCACGCGGAUCAAACCAAAUCGGGCCGAGCCGCUAUUUUGGCCGUCUCGCCCAGAUCAACCACCACGCCGAUCCCUAUCGCCGCCGGCGGUGCUAAGUUUGGCGGCGGGCCCAAUCUGGAGGCGGUGCUGUCGGAGGGUUAUACUUGCGUGAUUUCACACGUCGGUGAGAAUUUGAUCAGGAAACGCGAGUAUUUUGAUGGUGUUUUUGCCAAUGAGUCCCAGGUCAGUUCCGGACCGGUCGCCGGAGUUCAGGGUCACGGCAGCGAGGAAGCCGCGACGGUGUUUCCGACGGCGGAGUUUCUGAGUUCUUGCAAUCUUUGCAAGAAGCGGCUUCACGGACUCGACAUUUUCAUGUACAGGGGAGAGAAAGCAUUCUGCAGCGCGGAGUGUCGGUGCAAGCAAAUUUCAAUGGAUGAAAGGAAGGAGAGAUGUGGUUCGGGGGGGAUGAAGCAACUGGAGUGCUCGGUCUCACCCUGCUCCAGCCCCAUGCAGUUCUUCGCGGGGCUGGCUGCAGCAUAGACAGCCUUGCAGUUUGAGUUUCUAUAGAUAAAUAAAAGGGGGAUAGAGAAGUUGAGUUUGAAAAUGUAGCCGAAAUGAAUCAUUUGUACUGAAUUUGAAAGGUAUUCAAGGGAUGGAAAAUCUGCAAGAAAAUUGCAGGAAGUUGCUGCAAAAGGUGGGAGAUGAUGAUGAUGAUCUUGAGGAAGAGAAUUAGUUUCCGUUUGGCAGCUUGUUGAAAUGAAACACGAGAAAAUUUUAACAUAUUAUUAGUUUUUAUAUUAUAUAAUUAAAUACUACUCGGGAGAGGGAGCCAUUGUGGAGUUGGGCAAGCGUUUUGAUGUCUUAAGCACUAAAUGCAGUAUGUAAUAACGAACUCGCUACUCUUAGUAACGAAUUUGUCUCA